AAGUGUUAAAGAGCAAUGAAUGUUUUCAUCUUUUUAUUAAUUUUGUUAGAUUUACAGUCAAUAAGUGGUUUGUUUAAUCCUGGCCAAGUGCUUGAAAUACCGCAGGGGAAGUUGAGGGGCUUGGAGAACCGACGACGGGAUUAUGUGAAAUACCUGAGCAUUCCGUAUGCUACUUUUGUAGGAAGAUAUCAGAACCCCGGUCCCCCACCGCUAUGGGACGGCAUCUUCAACGCCACACGGGGCAAUGUGUUCUGCGCGCAACUUCACAAGACAAUGGUGCCCAUCGGGGACGAAGACUGCCUCACUCUCAACAUUUACUCCCCGGGACAGAUCAGCUACAAGAAACUCCUGCCCGUCAUUGUCUACAUCCACGGAGGUGGGUUCAUGAGCGGGAGUAGCAACGAGCUUAUCUACAACCCUGAGCCUAUCGUGAGGAAAAACGUUAUCGUGGUGGUCAUUAACUAUAGAGUAGGUGCGUUCGGGUUUCUCUGCCUCAAAGUAAAAGGCGCGCCUGGAAAUGCCGGAUUGAAGGACCAAGUGGCAGCUCUACAAUGGGUCAACAAGAAUAUUCAGACCUUCGGCGGUGACCCACAGUCGGUGACCAUCGUAGGCGCGAGUGCCGGUGGAGCUUCCGUCAACUAUCUGAUGAUGUCGCGAGAAGCGCGCGACUUAUUCCACAGAGCUAUUAUUGAGAGUGGCACAGCUUUCUCUCCUUUCGGCUUCGCCCAAGAUCCUAUUGAAAGGGCCGCGAUGGUAGCUUCUAAACUGGGCUACAACACAAAAAAUCCAUUCGAGCUCCUCAACAUCUUCACCAACGCCAGUAAAGCGGACAUCAUCAACGCCAGCAUCAUUGAGGGUACAGUGGACCCCAUGAAGCGAUACAUAUUCCGACCAUGUGUGGAAAAACAAAUACUGGGAGGGUACCCGUUCAUCACGAAGACCCCAAAACAAAUAAUGGAGUCUGGAGACUACAACAAGGUCCCGGUCAUCGUCGGAUACAACGAUAAAGAGGGCAUCAUGGACGAGUCACUGCUAGACGACAACCUUUACCAAGAACUUGAGGAGCAUUUGGACGACACCCUGCCCGAUAAUAUGGUAUUCACUGGCUACGAUCAGAAGUCUUCAUUGUUGAAAGAUUUGCGAGACUUUUAUUUCCAAGACAACGCUUUGGACAAAAGUAUGGCCGACGGUGUAAUAGAUUAUUUCUCUGAUGCAUUCUACAUGUACCCAGCGGUUGUGCUGACUCGGUAUUUGUUGCGGGAUAACAAGCAUCCAGUCUUCAACUACUACUUCCAAUACAGUUCACGGAGGAAUAUAAUCAAGAUCAUGAAUGGUUCAGGGGACAAGAAGGGCGCUUCGCACGGGGAUGAGGUGUUCUACAUGUUUGAGCCGAUUGGCCUAUUUGCUUUACCCAAGAGCAAGAAGGAUGCGGUUUUAAUCAACAGAAUGACCACAAUGUGGACCAACUUUGCUAGAACUGGAGACCCGACAUCAAUACGGUCAUCAGUGCUGCCAUUGAAAUGGUCUGCCAGCGACAACCAGACGCUACGCUUCCUCAUCAUCGAUGAAACCCUUCAGAUGGACACGCUGCCCAACCCUGAUAGAAUAGAGUUUUGGCAAACUAAAUACAGUAAUUAUGGCAUUAUUACACAACCAAGGAACAAGUAGUUAUUGCUUAGGUUUUAUCCAUACUUUAGUAGAUUCUAAAGGCCCGAAAUU